AUGAACCAGCAUCCACCCAUUUUUCAAAGAUUCAAAUUUUCAGUUCAAUACGAUGGCACCAAUUACAAUGGAUUUCAAAAACAAACAAACACUCAAAAUACAAUUCAAGAAAAACUAGAAUUUGCUUUCCAUCAAUUGCAAUUUCCGAAUUCAAAUCAUGAUUCCAUUUCAUCAUCUUUUCAAUAUUUAAAGAAAUCAUUGAUUCCCUCUUCGCGUACAGAUAAGGGUGUCCAUGCCAUUAGAAACACAGGUCAUAUCGAUUUGUGUGUGAAUUUGGAAAGAAGAAGAAACAAUGUUGUCCCCAGAGUUCCAUCUUCAAAUGUUGUCUUUUCCUCCUCUCCACAACAACAAUUAUCGGAAGAAUCGUCUAUAUCAUUGUCACCACCAUUCACAUGCAAUCAUGAUGAUGGAAGUAUUCAAUGUUUGUUUUCUUCAACACCAAAUUCUCUCUUUUCCGACAUGAUGAAAAUGAAACAUUUAUUGAAUUAUUAUUUGAGAGAUGAAAUGAUUCGAAUUCUUGAUGUUGAACCAGUUCACACGUCGUAUCACUCGAAAAAGAAUGUUUUACAGAGAAUUUACAUGUAUCGAAUCAUUGAUUCACAACAACCUAAAACAAUUAGUAAUAUGAAUAACUAUAGCAAGAGUAGUAGUAGUAGUAGUAUGAGAAGUAGUAGCAAUAGUGAUGAUAAUCUAUUCCCAUUAGAAUCUCAUAAAAUUUGGUGCAUUUCAGAGAAAUUAAAUAUUCAUGCAAUGAAACAAGCAUGUCAAUAUUUCAUUGGAACUCAUGAUUUUACUUGUUUUUCAUCAUGCACAUUUUCAUUUAAAAAUUCUAAAAAGAAAAUAUCACCCAUCAAGACCAUCCAAGAAAUGUAUAUUCAAGAAUGUUUCAAUCUAUUCAUUCCCAAUAGUAGUAGUAGUAUUACUAUGAAUGGUGGUGUUGUAGUCCCCAACAUGAAUACCACCACCACUUCAUCUCCUACUUGCCAUUCUCAUCACACAUCUAUGGAAUAUAGAAUAUUCAUCAAAUCCAAAUCAUUUCUAAAACAUCAAAUUAGAUUCAUGAUACAAGUUCUAGUAAAAAUUGGAAGAAAUGAAUUACCACCAGAAUGCAUUCAAGAAUAUUUAAAAUCAAGACAAAGAGUGGAAUCUACCAAAUAUAUGGCACCAGCACAUGGAUUGUAUCUCGUCGAUGUCAUGUAUUCAGAAAAUAAUUUUAAUGAUGAUUCUGAUGAAUUUUCUGAUUAA